AUGGGUAUCCAGCUGCAAGUUCACGAUGCCAGAGGAGAAACAAAGAUUGUGACGAUCUGCGACAACCUCAACCAGAUAAGGAACAUGACUGUGAUGGAUGUGAAACAGAAAAUCAUGAAAGUUCUGGGAAUAAGUAAGUCUUUCUUUAAACUCAUUGCAUGUACAGAUUGAUGAUAUUUUGCAGAUCACAUUUGUAUUGGUACUUAAAAAAAAAAAAAAAAGUUGUCCAAGAAGACUGUGUGUGCUUUUAUGUUUAAAGAAAAAGCCCAGAGUUCAGACUCUUUAUUUCUGCUCAGAUGAUGACUUCCGGAUUGUGUACCGAACUGAGACUCUGGAGGAAUCAUCUCUUCUGAUGUCAUAUGGGAUCCAACAUAUGUCCACCAUCCAUCUCAUACUGAUACUGCCAGGAGGACACUAA